AUGACGCACUCAAGGAGAAGAGUGACGCUCAAUUGGCUACUUGGGAGGCUCAAGUGGUUGCUUGGGAAGAAGGCCGAAGCAAAUCUUGCCCAUACGAGGUUGUCAACCCGGCUGAAGCUGCAACUUGCUCAUGAGGAUCAUUGGAAGGAGGCGAGUGGAUUGGGGUCUUCUGACGGGUUGACCGCUAAUUGGAUGAUGCUUGAAGCUCUGGAGAUAGAGAAGGAACAACGACUAAUAACUGCAACCCUGGGGAAGAAGAUGCAUAGUGAAUAUCAACAAGCCACCAUUGCCAAAUCUCGCACUUCUGUUCUUCGUUGGAUAUGA